CAGAGUAUAUAAAAGUUUCAACAUAUUUCAAAUCGUAUUAUUUGUUUAUUUAGUGCACCAUUUCGUAUGAAUAGAGGAGCAAACUCUUAUGAAAAGUGCCGCAUGUUGCCAGUUUGUCUGUUUUUAAAAGCACCGGAUUUUGAUUGCUGCAUACCAUAGGUUGUAUUUACUUAAAGUAUUUACUCGAUUUCUGUUUGGAAUUAUUUGCUGAGGGAACGAAGGCCGUAAUUUGAACCGCUUUAUCUGUUGUACCAUCCCGGAAAUGGAGAGUUUGUCGGAAAGUGACAAAAAUAGAGGGCAUUCGGAGGCAGCAUUCGAGAAAAUUAGGGCUUUUCUCGCUGAGCGAGAGAAAGGAAUGAAAAAUAUCAAGAAGUACAUGAGCGAGAGGCUUUACAACGUACCCUAUGAGGAUGAUGAAUUUUAUGACGAUUCUGAUGAGAGUUAUUCUUUUGAAUCAUUGGACAUUAAUCCAUUUGUUAGGUUGCAAAAUUUGAUGGGAUAUAGACAAAAUCCUCUGCCAUUUGCAAUUCUAAGUCGCGAAGAUGUAGUCAACGAUUUCGCCAUUCCUGCAAAAUACUCUACUCAAGGAUGUAACUUCGGUGAUGAAUCUGAAUACAGUUUUCUGGAUGUAAUUCCUGAUGGUGUAAUUAUAAAGAUUCUCGGAUUUUUGUCGUUGAAAAAUCUCUUGGCGGCAUCGAGGACGUGUCAAAGAUGGAGACAACUAGCAUUUGAUAUGAGUUUGUGGGCCAGAGUCGAUAUGCAGCCAUAUCGAAAAACAGUCUCCGAGUCGACUUUGGUUAGAAUAAUAAGAAAUUUGUUUUCUGGUAAAAUUCGUGAAUUAUCGUUGAAAGGAUUUAAAAUAACGCAAACUAUAUUACAAGAACUCGCAAAAUGCAGCACCCUUAAAUCACUGAACCUUGACGGUUGUAAAUUUGUUGGAAAGUUUAAAAGUAUACCCACUGACAAACCUUUUCCAACAGGACUUCAAGAACUUUCACUUGCCUCCGUAACGGGCGAAAGUGCAGUUUUAAAGCUCAUUGUUCCUGCUCUUCUAACGGUAAAAAAGUUCAAGAUUACCAACCAUUUCUCAGAUCAAUUGUUUGAUCUUGAUGAAAUGUUACAGUUCCUGCCUGAGUUACGAGUUUUCUUUGUAAACAACGGCCUACAACUCACUGGGGAUCACAUUAAAGCAAUCGCGAGGCAAAGCAAAAGUUUGCAGUCAUUGGCCAUUAUGCAUGCGCUGGAAUGGGAAGGUGAUGGUUUGGAUACUCUCAUCAAAGAGUGCACAGAUUUGGAAGAGCUGCAUUUCAAAAUGAAUGGUGUAACAGACCACAAUCUCGGUCAAGUAGACUGGGAAACUUCAAAGCUAACCAAAGUUGUCCUCUCGCUGUGCAGAAAUAUUUCAAGUGCUGGAAUGAAAAAUAUGCUUAGUAAAUUAAAGUACUUGGAACGCUUGGAGCUUUCCUCUGGAUCGGAUGGAUUUGCCAUAGAUGACAGCCUACUGUUAACGCUUGCAAUGUCAGACCUGAGUUAUCUAAAGCAUCUUCGUCUUGAUCAUAGUCGAGUUCUAACAAAUGAAGGCGUGUUAAGCUUUCUACGUUUAAAGGCCCUGUCAACUCUACACUUGAGCAACUGCAGUAUGAUAACACCUUCAAUAAGAACCAAACUUUUGGAGUAUGGAAGCAUGUCGAUAUUUAUCAAGUUUUCAAGGUGCUUCGAGAGACAAGGCCACCCUACUUUUAACGAAAGCUACUUUCUUAAUUGAGCAGAUUGUAAGACUUGUAUUAUAUUUUCUUCACAUGUAUGUAAAUAAAUAUGUAUAAUUGUUUGUAUUUAUACCCUUGACUCUGCCCUUUGUUGCAAUUUUACAUAAAAAUCAAUGCUCGGUUAUCACUCUAGAAUUUUACUCUAGAAUUUGGUUACAAUUUUACCAUGAAUAAAGAUCACUCUUUUUAAAAACGUGAAUGUUGGAUCUAAUUUUUGAGAGCUUUUAUUCAACCGCAUUCAAGUAAACCUAACAUUACCUGACCCGAGCCCACCCAAUCCAAUCAAACUCAUCUCAACUAAACUCAAGGAAACUCACCCCAAUUUAAUGGGAAAAGGCUUAAGCGUCAAAAUACGAUAGAUUUGCCGAUUAAUGUCUUACAGUGUAUAAAGACCAAGGAGAUCGUUAAAAAAGGAACGCAUCUAAGCACCACAUUCAACGAAAAACUUACCUUAGUUUCGAUGAUUAACUUUUGGCUUUACUAACGAUGAACAAUUUCAACUAACAGCUGCUUAGAAGUUUAAGAUUUAAGACAAGUUUGACUGUGGGAACAACGGAGCCAAUUCAGGCUACCAUUAGGAAAAUAGACAAGCUGGUUAUGCGUAGCCUUUUUUACGAAUGUUUUAAAAAUUCGUUAUUUUAAAAAUAAUCCUACACGUGCUUUAUAGAUGUCACCUAUAAAGACAUGACCUAUUAUUUCUACCUUUGCACUUUAAGCUGGCUGAAAAUUUUAUGCUUAAAAUAUUCUAGCAGGUCUCACUCGAAUGCAGGUAGAUUAAAACAAAAAUGAUAUGUAAACAUUGACAACUUUUGGCUGGUUUGGUUGACAGUUGACACAUCACUAAUGACGAGAACAGUUGUUUCAAAUAUCAGAUGUUUUGAUAUGAAAAAUUAAGGUUUUUUGGCUCUUUUAGGGCCUUUUAGUAAGAUUCAAAGCAUAAGAAAUUUUGGCAAUAUAAACAGUCGCCGAUAAUUUUCAUGCCAUGCAUAUAUGAUUUCAAAUUCCAUUUCGUUUUCAUGAUAGGCUUAAGUCUAACUAAUUUACUUCUCUAUAUAAAAGAAUACAGACAAAAAAGGCUAUUCUUACUGUAAAAUUUACAGACAGUUUUCCUUGCGUUUUGGGAGUAAGUCAAUCUCAAAGUUGAUCGACUCCAAGUCAUAACUGAUCUCAAAUUUUGAAAUAAGAUGAAAAAAGCCUCGAACAAAGGGUGAAAGCUGAAAAUUAAAGACUCUAAUCCAAUAUACCGCAAUGAAAUUUUACUUAAAAUAUGAUUCUAAUAAAGCUAGAUAUGAAGUUUUUGCGCAAGAGUAUUUCAAAAAGCUAAGUAGCAGAGUGUAUUCAACUGAACAAGUACAUAGCUUUCAAACCAAUGCAGUUUACUUUCGAUUUUUUUGUAAUUUUGCAACAGUAGCUUUGGCAGCACUAGUGCUUCUGCUUCAAGGCUAUUAUCUUUUUUCAAGUUACUUUUGAGGUCUUUUAUUCAAUUAUUAGUUAUGGACCCUCUCCAGUUCUAAAGGAAAGUUCAAGACGUCACUUGAUUUGUCAAAUAACCAAAAUUUUGGAAGGAUUAAAAAGAGUUGGAAAGUGAUAACAACAUUUUGUUUGACUAUGGAGUUGUAAUGCUUUGGGCUUAGGAAAACAUUACCUAAAUCUAAUGUCACCUCAAAAGAAGAUGUUUCGUGUUGUUAACUCGAUCUCUGUGAAGAAUCUUUUAGGCUGUCACUAUUCAUUUUUAGAUUCUUCAGUUCCUGAUGUUUUCAAACAUCUCGUAUUUUUACAAGAAGUUUGAGGUGAUAAUCUUUUGAACAUAUCUUUUCUUCGUACAAUCUGAGUUUUUGGAAAUUUGCAAUGGCUUUGGAGAUUAAAUAACUGAAAAUAUUUUCGAUAAAAGUCGAAUUUUUGACAUAAGUGUUUCCAUUUUUCCUAACUUUAGGAUAAAUGGAAACAUUUAAUUAUUUUCCCUUCCUAAUUUCUUAGGCUCUGGUGCCAUAGGUUUAGUAACAAGAAAAUUCCAUAAUUUCACCCCUCCCUCCCCAAAAUAUUUAA